AUGCCUAACCUCCCCUCCCCGCCAUCACCGGUCUCCUCGGGCAAGAAGAGACCGCAUCCUUCCGGCGAGACGCCCCCUACCCAAUCUGACCCCGCGAAUACUUCGCGAGACGCCCCCAACCCCUCCGCCCAGCCCACCGUCCCGUCCACGUCACCCGCGCUGUCUACCGCACACUCAACCGCCACUGCUGCCUCAUCCUCGUCCUCGUCCUCCUUUCGCAAUGUAUCCGCAUGUAAUCGUUGUCGACUGCGCAAGAACCGCUGCGACCAGCGCCUCCCGCGUUGCCAAUCCUGCGAGAAGGCCGGAGUCCGCUGCGUCGGAUACGACCCCAUUACCAAACGCGAAAUUCCGCGAAGCUAUGUCUAUUUUCUAGAGACUCGGGUCGCCUACCUGGAGAAGCAACUGGCUGAGCAUAACAUUGAGUAUAAGAAAGCUGUCGCCUUCGACGAAGAGGAGGCCGUCAAGACCGAGACCGAAGGCGACACAGGGCAACCCGGCCUUGGCUUGGACACCCAGGAUGGAUCAGAGAAGGCACAAUGGAAAAACUCGGCUCUGAAAGAGGAGACUGAUAGAUCUGAUCUCAGAACAGACGGAGGUCAGAACCGAGAUGCGGACGGAGAGCGUGACUCUGCAAACGAAGACAAUUGGCGCCUGCACAACCUAGUGUCGAAUAUUGGCAUGGUUUCCGUGCAGGGAACGUCCGACCCCAGAUAUCUCGGCUCAACCUCUGGUAUUUCGUUUGCUCGAGUAGUUUUUGCUGCCGUCCGGAGCUCGCUACCGGGAAAUAUGCCCGAGCGUGCGCCAAUCCGUACCAGUGAGCGUUUGCCUCAGACGGCCGGCGCAUCUGGCGGUGGUUCCAUGCGUGAUUCAUUUUUUGGCCUUCAGACACGACCGAUGAUGAAACGUGCAUCUUUUCCCGACCGCGAUCUCGCCGAGCGUCUAGUAGACCUCUAUUUUGAACAUGCGAACCCGCAAAUGCCUAUCCUGCACCGCGGUGAUUUCAUGGAGCUUCUUGACCGGACCUAUCUAUUGGAGGAGAAAAAUCGCUCUCCUAGAGCCUUGUAUGUUCUAAAUAUCGUGUUUGCCAUUGGAGCUGGCAUCAUCUUUGAAGAUAAACCCCAGAGUUCGGAUGACGAAAGCCGCGCUGGCCGUGACCGAGCCUCAUCCACUACGAAACGACCACGAUUGUCUAAUCAUCAAUACCAACCGGAAGAAUACCACGCCUCGGCGAUUGUCCACUUGGAGUCUUUCCUUGGCUCUUCGUCUAGCGAGGGAUUCGGCGGAUUGGAAGAGCUCCAGGCGGUGCUCCUGCUGGCCAGUUUUGCCUUGCUGCGCCCAGUCGCCCCUGGUCUUUGGUACAUUGUCGGAGUUGCUAUGCGCCUUGCGGUUGACCUGGGCCUUCAUUAUGAAGAUGGCGUAGGCCUCGACUCAGGGUCCAAGGACGGAAACCAAGUCCAAUCACGUAUCGACGCCCGUGAACGGGGCCGGCGGGAAUGGGUUCGUGAUCUGCGGCGUCGCCUCUGGUGGUGUGUUUAUAGUUUCGAUCGUCUAGUUGCUACCUGUGUUGGGCGACCUUUUGGUAUCAGUGACCAGGCAAUCAGCACUGAAUUCCCGUCGAUGAUGGAUGACAAGUACAUCACUAAAUCCGGCCUUCUGACGCCUCCCGAAGGAGCCCCAACCUACAAGCAUGUCGCUUUCCAUUACUUCAAACUCCGACUUCUUCAAUCCGAAAUCCACGACGUGCUCCAAUACCAACAGGCUCGUGCCGUGCGCAGACGCGCCUCUGAAAGCGCGACUAUCCUUCCGCACGCGGAGUUGACCUCGCCCUUCCUCCAAGGCUUUGAUUCUUUCCGCUCAUGGCGCCACGAUGUUCACCGUCGUUUGGUGGAGUGGCAGGAUAGUGCCCCGACACGCCCCGACACCGGUGUCAGGUUCUCUAUUGAACUUCUUGAAUUAAACUACUGGCAAGCUAUCAUCUUGUUGUACCAACAGAGUUUGACCGUACCGGCUGAGCUGGCGGGCGAGUUGACCCCUGCAGACGAUGUUUCCAGCCCGUCUUUCUCUAAUCCUGAUGAGGGUGACGAGGAGGACCACGUCUAUCUCAAUGUGGCAGAGGCUGGCCAGAAGGUUAUUCGUAUUUAUCGGCAGUUACAUCGAGUGCGCUUGGUGAAUUAUACGUAUCUUGCUACUCAUCAUAUCUUUAUGGCUGGUAUUUCUUUCUUGUAUGCGAUCUGGCACUCGCCGUUGGUCCGAAGUCGUUUGACUCUCGAUGAGGUCGAUUUUACUGUCCUUGCCGCCACUUCUGUUCUGGGUGACCUAAUGCAUAAGUGCCCUCCGGCUGAAAAUUGCCGAGAUGCCUUUGAGCGGAUGAGCAAGGCUACCGUCCAGAUGUGUCUUUCCACCACCGGGUUCGGGUCCCAGGUCGACAUGAGCCGAAUUUCGGCUGCAUCCCAUGCAGGCGGUUCUUUACACCCUGGUCGCCGCCAAGGAAUAGACCAAAGACAACGGGCUGGCCAUGGCCAGGCUCGCCGGUCCACUCAAAACCGCCCUCAACGCCCUAUCCCCAAGUUCGAUAUGAAUUUGGCUGAUCUUUUCAGCGAUGCAAACACACCUCUGGCAGAUAGAUCCAGAACAGAUAGCAGGCCUCCUGGGACCAACUACGCCGUUCGACCCGAGACAGCUGAGGCCGUGGCCCCUGGCUUCGCAGACCGUGGCGCCCGGCCCUUCUCUCAACGUACUCCGUCCAUGGAGUACUAUAUGAAAUAUGAAGGCCAAACCUCUCCACCAGGCCCACCGCAGUUUUAUUACGGGAAUUCACCACCCCAGAGUGGCUCGCCAGGUAGCGUGGCCCACUCUGCUGGUGGCCCCCAUGCCGUCCCACCGACGGACCCGGAUAACCAGACGGGUAUGAGCCUUGAUUUCUUGGACUUUGGGUCUGCCGAUCCCGAUAGCCAGACAAUGGGUCAAGAUGCCAAUGCCGAGUACAAUUUGGCUGCUAUGCCCUCGCUGGGCCAAAACGUCGGCAUUGACCUUGGCUUCGGCAUGGCAAUGGAUUUCCAGCACGAUUGGAGCGAGAAUCCCAAUUAUGAUAUUUUGGAGGGCUAUUUCUUCGGCGGUUCAGGGGCCGGCGCUCCGGGUGGUGAUGCUUGA